AUGGCAAUCUUCGACUCGGAGAAGCGCCCUCGCGGCCUUCGUGUGCCCUCGCUUGCAGCACUGAAGUCUUCAGCAACGAAAUCGCAAUUCUCUUUCCAAAAGAAAUCCGACUUACCAUCUGACUUGCCGUCCGAGUCAUCCUUACCCAAACCGGCAGACUUUCCUGCCCCUCCACCACCAAAGCCGGCCCCUCCGCCGGACAAGGAACUACCAGUUCCCCCCAAAGUGGACAUUCCAGUCUCCAACAACCCAUACUUCCCUCCAAUCCCCGGAAAUGCAAUCCCAGAACGACGCCCAAUUGAACGGGUCCCCGUCCCAGCGCAGUCUCCUCCUCCUCGGAUGACAGGUAUGCGAACCAAGAAAUCACAACCUGAUUUCCACGCGCCUCAACAACAGCCAACCCCAGUGACAUACUCUCCCCCUCAAGUCCCGACCCUAGUCCAGGCUCCAGCUCCAGCUCCAGCUCCUGCCGACGAGGCCAACUCCCCCUUGCCGGAAGACUUCAUCCCGACCCCAGACAGCGCCGAACCGCCACUAGCAGUGCCAGAACUGCCGCGCGAGGAACUGGCCCCCUCACCCUUCGUCCCUCCGGAUGUUGAGCCCGUGGCGCCGAAGUUGAAUGAGAUCCAUCUCACAUGCUACCAGCAGCACCGCGCUAUGCCCGUGGCGCAGAAUACUUGGUGUCCGAUGCCGUGUAUGACCUGUCAGAAAUUUGACAUUGAGAUACGGCAUCGCUGUGUGUUCUGCUGCUUGCGCAUCUGCGUGUCGUGUUACGAGAUCCUGCAGAAAUCUAAGAAUCGAUCGGUCGAGGAGUUGGUUGAUCAACUCGUAUAA